UUCUCUAGUCUCUAUUUGAGUAAAGGUCAAGCCAAGCGGAACCCUACCGCUAGCAAUACCGAGCAUCGUUCAUUCCUAUUCUCAUCUUUCAAGAGCUACAAAAACAUCCAUCCAAAAAUCACGAAUCCGAUACGACGCUAUGGCUUCAACAUCAGCAGCUGAGCUUGACCCUCAUGGCGUGGGUGAGCCGACCGCUGCCGCGAAAGAACGGAAACGAUUCGUCCCUCUCGAGAACAACCCCGAGGUCAUGAACCAGCUCAUUUACCAACUAGGUGUUUCCAACGCGGUUGCCUUCCACGAUGUCUACAGCAUCGAUGACCCCGAGCUCCUCGCCUUCGUACCGCGGCCGGCACAUGCUCUCAUGCUCAUAUUUCCGACCAGCGACACAUACGAGAAGUUCAGGGUCGAGGAAGACAGCAAGCGAGAUGAAUACAAAGGAUCCGGCCCCGACGAACCUGUCAUCUGGUACAAGCAGACCAUCGGCAACGCUUGCGGUUUGAUAGCUCUCCUCCACGGCGUUUCAAAUGGCAAAGUGCGAGAUCUCAUUGAACCCGGUUCCAAGCUCUCCCAACUCCUCACCGAUGCCAUCCCCCUAAAACCCAACGAGCGAGCCGACCUCCUCUACGAAUCCCAAGCGCUCGAAAGCGCACACGCCGCCGCGGCUUCCGUGGGGGACUCCGAAGCUCCAGAAGCCGACCUGAAAGUCGAUCUCCACUUCGUAUGCUUCGUGAAGUCCGAGGACAAUCAUCUGUGGGAGCUCGAUGGUCGGAGGACCGGGCCCUUGGAUCGCGGAACCAUCGGCCAAAAGGACGAUGUGCUCAGCCAGUCGGCCUUGGAUCUGGGCGUCCGGAGCUUCCUUAAGAGAGAAGCGGAGGCGGGGGGCGGGGAUUUGCGAUUCAGUUUGAUCGCGUUAGGUCCCAGUUUUGAUUAGGGAGCGGUGCUUAGCCUUAUGGGUAUGCUGCUGACCUGAUGCUAACGCACUUGUUGGUCAAUUAUACCGAUCUAGCAGCAUAUCAACUGGAGAUAAGUUGAUGAUGUUCAGAGGUUGAUGAAGCUUCAACUUACAGCCAAAUGGGUCGGGACAUUCGGAAUUCCGUUUGUCUGUCGGAUGACAAAUCAGAUACGUAAGGGACGGAUAUCCGAUGCUAUCCUUGGUGCUGAGAUGCACCAAAAUACCUACCGUGACCUACUCCUUUGUUAGACACUCGACAUGUAGCACUUGAAGUCAUCGAGGUAGGUCCAGU